AUUCUGCUAGCCCAAUUGAUGGGCGUGCAGAGUUUAGCCGAUGCGGGCUUGACCAGACAACAGUGUUUGGCUCAAUUGCGUGGCGGUUUGGAAGGUGAAGAUUCCGAGAACGCCGAGUGGGACAUUUUGUUUGCUCUGACGGCUGCCGCAACGAGUACGGAGGAGCCGAGCACGACAGUGGACGGUAACUGGAACGUGUCUUCAAAUCAGUCGCUGAGGUCUCCCAAUUCCGAAAAUCGAUCCGUAUAUGAACCUGUGUUGAGUGUGAUCCUUUCACUUCUGGUCGGAUUGGCUGGUCUAUCCGUCCUCCAAACCGGUGUCUAUCGGGAUCUGAGUGUACUCUCUCUGUGCUUUGCCAUCGCCGGUUCACACUAUUCUCUAAUUAAAAGUGUCCAACCCGAUGCUGCCUCUCCACAACACGGGUUCAAUCGAGUAAUCGUUUACUCACGAGCCACUUUUUUCUGUUUACUCGCAUUGGCUUUCAUUCUGACCGUGCGACUGCAGGAAUCUAACACCUUCAAUACAUUCAAACUGCGAUCCACUUUUUUUCUCUCCCCGGCCGAGUUGCACACGGGUGAGCUUAGUCUGAUUGAUCGAACUUUGUUCUUGACUGACUCAGCCCUGCUCCCGCUCAAUUCUAUACCCUAUCGACUAAUGGAUAUUUCGGAACACUAUGCAUAUCGGAUUGCUCGUCCAUCUGUUGUCAGAUCGCGAACCGACCACCAAGAUCCGAACGUUGCCAUCUCUUCCNACUAUACGGAUCGUUGUGGUCACUCAGCAAGUUGGCCCAUUUUGUUCACAUCGUGA